AUGCCUUUUCUCCUUUCCCGCUCUCAGAGACGUGUGCAAGGAAAUGUAGACUUCUAUAGAGGCUGGGUUGAUUACAAGAGAGGGUUUGGAACCCCAGACACCGACUUCUGGAUUGGAAAUGACAAUAUUCACGAUCUCACCUCACAGGGCUACAACGAACUCCGGGUCGACUUAGUCCACGACGAAACCAAGUUUUUCGCUCAUUACACAAACUUUAUUCAGGCCGACGAAUCGUCUGCAUACGCCAUCACAAUUAGUGGAUAUUCUGGGAACGUCUACGACAGCUUAAGCUUUCAUAACGGCAACAAAUUCAGCACUUUUGACCGGGAUAAUGAUCGAUGGGCCGAUAACUGCGCCAGGCUGUAUCACGGCGCUUGGUGGUACGGUGAUUGUUACCAUUCCAAUUUGAACGGAGCUUGGGCAGUCGCAGAUAAGACAGGUAUUAGUUGGUUUUUUAACCAGACUAGCUAUUGGAACAAUGUGUCGUUUACAGAGAUGAAGAUCAGAUAUAUUUAG